UGGAUAACUCCUCUCCCGGGGCAUCAUGGGAUAGUGAAGCGUCCAUCGUAUGCACACUGCAAAAUCUAACCGGAAGUAGUAGGUCAUCCGGGUACUUUUCGCAUACUGUUUUUCGAAUACUAUGUAUUCGGACAUACUACUCGCCUCGCCUACUGCUUUUCGCGUACUAUAUAGUAAGUAGUAGGCUGUUUCGGACGCAGCAAGUGUUUUCUCUCAUCUUUAGUUUUUUGAGAAAAAAAAAUCUUUAGUUUAUUGAGUGUAAACAGAGUCUUGUUUCGGUGUAUUUUAGUGUAAAGAUGUUGAUGAUGAGAGAUGAGAUGUGCUGUAAAUCAGUAGGAACUGAUCUGUCCAUGCUGGAUAUUGAUGAUUUCAUCACAGAAAUCUCUCAGCUGAAGAAAGAGGUGGCGUUACUGGAGACAAAGCUGAGGUCAAGAGGAGAUGAAGGAGUGAAGAGAGAGGAUGUGGAUUGUUGUGAAUCUUCAGUGUAUGUGACUGAUGGAUGUCUGGAUUCAGUGUGGAUGAGCAGAGAUCAGAGGCGCACACCACAGCCACUGCUGGACUCUAAACUCUCUGAAGAGAAAUCCAGACACACACAGGACUCAGAGCUCAGUCUCACUUUACUCUCUUAUACUGAGUCAAAGCCCACAGACGCUCAGGACACUGUGUGUAACAGUAAUCAGGGCUUACAGGAUGAGGAAUCUACUGAUCAAACCUCCACAGAGUCUCUGGAUUCUGUCUGUAACGCUGGAGAACAGCAGCAGAUACUGCAGACCAGACUGAAGAUGUGUUCAGUCAAACUGAUCGACUGCACGAACCUGAUGAUGAAGAUUAAAACUGAACCCACAGAAGAGGAAGAUCACACUGAUAAAGACAAUCAUGUGGAUGAUUUAAAUCCAUCAGAUGUGAAGAGUGAAUCAUGUUCCGAGGGAGAAACGUCCUCAACAUCAGAAGAUCGACUGACAGCACAAACUCUUUCCUGCAUCACCUGUGGAAAGACAUUCAGCUCACAGAGACAUUUAGAGACACAUGAGAGAAAACACACAGAACAGAAACUCAGCUUUACUACCUUACAAGAGAAGAAACUUCAUCAUUCAAAAGAGCACGAAGAGAAGAAGAUGAAGAAAAAUAAGUUUCACUGUGAGCAGUGUGGGAAGAAUUUUGUCUUCUUAUCUCAGCUGAAAGCUCACAUGAGGACACACAGUGGUGAAAAGCCUUUCUGCUGCACUGAAUGUGGCAAAUAUCUCCACAGCAAAAGAAGUCUUGUUAUUCAUCAGAGAAUUCACACAGGAGAAAAACCAUAUAAAUGUCCUCACUGUGAGAAGAGAUUUCGUUAUGCAUCCUAUAUUAAGAAACAUGUACGUUUACACACCAAUGAGAGACCUUAUCAGUGCAGCGAAUGUGACAAAACCUUUAGGGUUAAAGGCUCCUUAAAAUCACAUCUAAAAAUACACGGUGAAGAGAAACUCUAUCAGUGUUCACAUUGUGAUAAAAGUUUUCAUCACAAAGGUCAGCUGAUGCACCAUGAGAUACUUCACACUGGAGAGAAACCUUAUCACUGUAGUGUUUGUGGAAAGAGUUUUUAUUACCGUGACAUUUUACUAAAGCAUCAGAGAAUUCAUACAGGUGACAGACCUUACAAAUGCUCUCAGUGUGAGAAGACGUUCAUUCAAGCAGGUAAUUUAAAAGUUCAUGAGAGAAUUCACACUGGAGAGAAACCUUACAACUGCUCUCACUGUGGUAAGAGCUUUUAUAAUCCAAGUUCUUUUAGCUGUCAUCUGAUAAUUCACACUGGAGAGAAACCAUAUCACUGUAAUGUUUGUGGCAAAAGUUUUAAUCGACAUCACAGUUUAGUGUUACACCAGAGAACUCAUACAGGUGAAAAACUUUAUAAAUGCUCUCAGUGUGAGAGGACGUUUGCUAGAUCAGAUGCCCUGAAGCUCCAUCAAAGAAUUCAUACAGGAGAGAAACCUUACCACUGCUUGAUCUGUGGAGAGAGAUUUGCUUAUUUAGGAAAUUUUCAGAGUCAUCAGAAGAAACUACAUUGAAAAUCAUCAUAGAUUUUAAUUUACAGAGUGUAAAGCCUUAGUAUAAUUUUGCUCAUAUCAUAUCAUUUGGCAUAUGAUGUUGGCAUUGUUUAAGCAUUUUUUAAGUUUCUCCCAAUGACAAUUUUUCUAAUUUUACUAAAAACACCUGCAUUGUGUUGAGUGUAUAGCAAGCCAUGGAAAGACAGUUCAGAAUAAAUGGUUAAGUUGA